UUGAAAUGAAAUUUUUGACAUCUCGAUGACGUACAUAAAAAAUUUCAGUUUAAUUUCUACUGUCAUAUUUAUGUUAUUUAUCAAAAGUUAUGUUACCAAAGUUAUUUAAAGAAGCAAAAAACAUUUAAUAACAAGAAGGUUCCCAUAUGUACUGCACGAUAAAAUAUAAGUAGACUAAUUAAUAAUAUUAAUUAGAUCAUUUAAGAAUUUAUAAUUUAACAAAAUAUGGCUUUGAAUUCCGAAAAAAGCCAAAAUACUUGGUCAGUAAAACGCGUCAAUAAUUUACUUGAAUCUAGACCAGAAAACGAUAAGGAAACCCUUGAAGCUUUAAAAGAAUUAUCAUCUUUUUUUACCGACAACACAUUGAAUACUAGACGAAAUUUACGGAGUAACAUUGAAAAAAAAAGUCUAAUUAUAAAUGAUGAAUUUCUAUCAGCAUUCAUAGAAGUUAAAUCGACUUUGGAUGCUAUUCACUGCGAUGUUUUAUCCAUGAAUAAUUCAAUUCAGUCAAUGACCAACCGCUUGCACAGCACCAAAGCUCAAACGAUAACCCUGAUAGAUAAAACAACAAAACUUCAAAAUGAAAGUAAAAAGUUAUCGAUGCAACACGACGUGGCGAAAUCAUUUAUAAAAACAUUCCAGUUAACAAAGUAUGAAAUUGGAAUUUUACAUGGGCAAACUCGAGAAGAACCGAUUACAGAAAAAUUUUUCACAAUCGUUAGUCGACUGCAGACAAUUCAUAGCAGCUGUAGAAUUCUUAUGCAAUCUGGUUAUCAAACCCUAGGGUUAGAUGUGAUGCAGCGAAUGACUUUGCUGCAAGAAGCAGCCCUCGAAAGACUUUAUAGAUGGACACAAAAUCAAUGCCGACAUAUAGAAAAUGAGUACAUCGCUCCAUUAUUGAUAAAAGCUAUGAGCAAGUUACAAGAAAGGCCAAUCCUUUUCAAGUAUAUAAUCGAUGAGUAUUGCACUGCACGAAGAUCAAUCAUUGUUGGUUCAUUUAUUGAUGCUUUAACACUUGGUAGUACAACUGGAGGAACUCCUAAUCCUAUUGAAUUACGAGCUGAUGAUCCGACUCGUUAUGUUGGAGAUAUGUUAGCUUGGUUGCAUCAAGCAAUACCCAUGGAAAAAGAGAAUCUUAUGACUUUAUUAAAAGCCUGCGAUAAAACUGAUAUUUCGGAUCAAGUGAAACUUGCUUUGGGAAAUAUUACAGAAGGUCUUUGUCAUCCGUUAAAAUCCCGAAUAGAGCAUAUUCUUGCAGCCGAUGCUUCUGCCAGUGUUUUUUAUUCUGUUAUGGCUCUUAUAAGAUAUUAUAUUAAAAUUUUUAAUGACGUUAUCCCAGAGAGUAUUUUAAUAAAAGAUUUACAUCAACUAUUGGAGUUGAAUGAAAAAAAUUUCAUAACAAAAUUACAAAGAGAAACACAAGUAGCUUUAGGAGAACGACCAGAACCUCCGGGACAAGAAUUAGUACCUGCUGCUUCUGUAUUAAAACUUCUAGGAUUACUUAAUGACAUUUUGUCUGUUGCUCUUAUUGUUACUGGUGAGGAUAGAGAAAAAGAUGUAAUUCAGAUUGUCUCGUAUAUUAUUGAUCCAUUACUUCAAGAAAUUGAUGAAACUGCGGCUAGAUUGCCAGUAGUUGACAUGGCAGUCUACCUACUAAAUUGUCUGCAUCAAAUCCAUUCUACUUUGUCACUUUAUGAAUACAUGGAUCAACGAUUAGAAAGAUUGCAGGCCCAAUCUGAUGCACAAAUAGAUACUUUAACAUCUGAAGUCGCAAGUUCUCUUGUAGCAAAUUUAAAUUUAGGCCCCAUUUAUACAAUACUACAGGGUAAAGAGCACGGCCCUUUGUCCGCUAUCCCUGGAAUGGAUCCUCUCAGUGUCAAAGAAUUCAAUAAUAAAUUAGAAUCAUUUUUAUCUAUGUCUGAUUCGUUUCUAUUACCUCAAAUAAAUUUACUUAAGAACUGUAACACUCGAUCUAUUGUGUUAAAACGUUCUUUUCAAGUGAUAGGAGCUAUUUAUAAACAACUUUAUGAAGCUUGUCAUGAUCCUAAAAAUCAAUAUGAAAAUCCUGAUAAAUUAUUUGUUAAAACACCUAAUGAGCUUAUGGAAAAACUCUUAUCUCAUUAAUUUUAUUCAAUCAAUUCAUACAAAAACAGGUUCUCUGUAAAAAAUAAUUAUCGAAAUAAAAAAAAUUUUGAAUAUACCACGUUUUUAAAACGAACUAAAAAGUAUAAAAUAAUAUUUCUUAAUCUCAUGAAGAUUUAAAACCACAUACAAAUUCCGAACUUCUUACAGAUAGUCCUGAAAAUUCAUAAUUGUGAAUUUUUCAUAGUUAUGAAAAUUCUUGUAAGUUUUAAAACGAAAAACGUGGGGCGCAUGCAAUAGAUAAUUGAUGCAUUAAUAGUUCAACUAACGAUUUUAAUGCAUUGCAAAUAAUAUAGAUUGAUUUGUAAGUUUUUUCAAUGCCAGUUUUUCUCUAUACUUCUUAUAGUUAUAUAUUGCCUGCGCCCCACGUUUUUCGUUUUAAAUCUUACAACUAUUUUCAGAACUAUUCAAAAUUCACAAUUAUAAAUUUUCAGGACUAUCUGUAAGAAGUUCGGAAUUUGUAUGUGGUUUUAAAUCUUCGUGACAUUGAGAAAUAUUAUUUUAUACUUUUUAGUUCGUUUUAAAAACGUGGUAUAUUAAAAUUUUUCUUUAUUUCGAUAAUUAUUUUCUGCUUUUUAGUAAUGUGUGAGCGAAAUUUUGAAAUCGAUUUUAAAGGCCUGGAUAAUAUAAUGGCGGAGACAUGCGACAAAUUUCAAGUUUAUUUCAGUUUCUUUUCACUUAAUCGAAUCUGAAAUAGAAAAUCGCUAUUUCUACCUACCAAUAUAUCAAACUCAUUUUUUAUAAGAUUUAUACUUAAAAAUAUUAAAACAAAUCAAAGUUGCAAAUUUCCGGCUUCGUCGAGCAGAAAAAUAGUAUACGCACCUUGGCCAAUAAAAAGGAAAGCCUCAGACCACGUGUUUGUCAGCCUCGGCCAACAAUUACAUGUGCUCUGAGACUUUUCUUAUUUUACUGGCCUAGGUAUCCAAUAUACUAUUAAAUUAAUUAUAAAAAAUUCGUACUGAACAGACAAACGAACAAAUAUGAAUUUUUUAUUCGAUUUUUUUUCAUUUUUUUUUCUUCCUCAUAGUGCUUCUCCUUCUCAUUUUAAAAAAAAUUUUUUUUCAUUUUCUUUCAUCGUCAUCUAAUUUUGAGCUUUGUUCCAAAUUUAAAGUCUCUAGCUCAUCGAGAAGUUACUUUAAAAUCAAUUACAAAAUUCCACCUGAAAAGACAUACAUAAAAGCGAGUUAAUAAAAACAAGGUAAAAAAUGCCAAACACACAUUUAAAAAUUAUUUCCAUGUAAAAAGUAUAACGUUGUUUUUUUACAAAUAACAUUAAACAGGGUGGCCACAAACCUGAAGAACCGGGAAUAUUAGGAAUUAUCAGGGAAUUUCGAAAAGUAUCCGGGAAUGAAAAUGUGACAGUUCAAAAUUUAAAAAAUUUUCAAUAAUAUAAGAGUUAUAAAAAUUAAAAGAUCUUAAAAAAAUUUCCAAUUUUCAAAUCAUUUUCAACAGGUUAUAAUUCGAUGGAAAAUGAUCGUACGACAAAAACAAAAGAAGCAAAUUGUAGUUUCAAGUGUCUAGUUUUCUGAUCUGCUCUUUAAAUUUUUUUAUUCUAUGCUGUUCCGGAGUAAUUCCAAGAAAACUAUUGAAAAAUAAAUUUAACAAAUUUUUGCUCGUCUUAAAAACGGUCUUCGAGCUUAAAUAAAUUUUUCUCGAUGAUUAUAAUUGAUUUUUAAUUGUACCGGAACAGUGGAUAAUAAUAUAAUUUUAAAACCAGAUCAGAAAACUAAUUGAACCUACAGUUUGCCUUUUUGUUUUUGUUGUAAAACCAUUUUUCUUUGAGUUACAAACUGUUGAAAAUUACUAAAAAAUAUUAAAUUUUUUUUAGUAUCCCUUAAUUUUUAUAACCAGUGUAUUUUUAAUUUAUUUGAAUCAUAAAAUUUUUUAUUAAUUAUUUUACCUUACACAUUUUUAACAUCGAAUAAUCAAAAGUAGGCAAUAUUCAUUCAUUGUAUUGCCAUUUUUUAUGGUUUCUCGCAUGAUUUAAUUAUUAAAUUUAAUUAUUGAAAAUGAAAAUAUAAUAAAAACUUUGAAUAUCUAAAUGAUACGAAUAAAAUUUAUAAAUCAGGGAGAAAUGUGAAAAACUUUACUGGAAAACCAGGAAAUAUCGGGGAAUUUUAAAAUCAUUAUUUCUUUGCGGCCACCCUGUUAAAGUAAAUACAAAGUACAAAGUAAAUAGUAGAGCAGAAUUUUCAAUGUAUGUUCCUGUAAACGCAUUUGAUGUACCAUUAUCUGCAUCUAUAGAUAUGCAAAUAAAAAUUUUUUAUUACUUACAAAAUAUGACGCACGAACAAAUAUCUAUUUAAUGUUUUGCACUCCUAUCUACGUAGUAUUUUAUAUUGACUUCAAGAUUUUUUAAGAACACAUAUAAAAGUUUUAUUGAGUAUAAUUCAAUAAUAAGUUUUAUUAGCAA